CCCAAGCCUGGACUCAGAUUGAUCGGCGGCAGCUGCAUCUGGUAAUUACCAGAAGCUCUUCCAACUCAUCCGAGCCACUGGCAGCAAGAAGUCUGGUGUGAGUGAAACAAUCUGCGAGGAUGAUGGGAUGCCAAUCACCAACAUCCAUCGACGUCUUGGACGGUGGGCAGAAUUUUUUGAAGGGCAGUUCAACUGGCCUGCUGCUCCGGCAACAUCGUUCAGACUGUCCUGCCCCCCAUGGCCGGUGACGACUGAUCAACCAAACGAGGAGCAGGCUGGUUUUCAUUCUGGUCGAGGAUGUGUUGAUCAUAUGUUCACCCUCCGCCAAAUGUUAGAACACCGUCAUAUUUAUCAAAGGCAACAAUCGUAGUGUUUCUUGACAUCAGGGCUGCCUUCGAUUCGUUGGACAAGACUGUCCUCUGGGAUUGUCUGUUGAAGAAGGGUGUGCCUAAGAAGUUUAUUAACACCCUAAAGGCCCUAUAUACAAACACCUCAGGCAGAGUGAGGGUAUACAACCACCUUUCUCCAUUGUUCCAUUCACGAAGUGGGGUUAGACAUGGGUUGUUUAAUCACACCAAUCGUCUUUAACUUUACCAUGAAUGACAUUCUGGGAACAGCUCUGAUGGAUGUAAGUAAUAGCGGUGUGGAUCUGUUGCCUAGAGAGACUUUUCGACCUUGAGUAUGCAGAUGAUAUUGUCUUACUGUGCGAUAAUGCCCAAGGCAUGCAAUCCGCACUUAAUCAAUUGACACUCAGUGUCCGUAGGUAUGGUAUGUGCUUUGCACCUUCCAAGUGCACAGUACUUCUACAAGACUGGCAGGAUUCUAAUCCUGUACUCAUACUGGAUGGUGAGCAGGUAGAAGUAGUCGAGAAGUUCGUGUAUCUAGGUAGCUGCACAAGUGCUGGAGGUGGCGUGAGUGAUGAGAUCGAUUCACGUAUGGUGAAAGCCAGAGCGGUUUAUGUCAAUCUAGGCCAUCUUUCGCGCCUUCGUGAUGUCACUUUGGCUGUAAAAGAUCGGAUGUACAACGCGUUGGUGAGAGCAGUUUUGCUCUAUGCUUGUGAAACCUGGCCUCUCCGAGUUGAGGAUGUUAGACGACUCUCUGUAUUUGAUCAUCGUUGUCUCCGAAGGAUUGCUGAUAUCCAGUGGCAACACCAUGUCAGUAAUGCAGAGGUUCGGCAUCGUGUGUUCGGGCGCAGAGACGAUAAUCCAAUUGGUGUCACCAUCUUGGAACAUCGACUCCGGUGGCUUGGACAUGUUCUACGAAUGUCGUCCCAGAGAAUUCCACGUCGUACAUUAUUUGUCGACGCUGGGACUGAUUGGAAAAAGCGGAGAGGUGGUCAGUCCAUGACAUGGUGUCGUGGUAUGAAAAAGAGUUUCAAAGGGCUGGCUUUUGUUGAUCCUUCUCGACUCCCUGGUUGGGGUCCGAGGGAUGAUGUAACACAGUGGCUAGAGAUGCUAUCAGCUAUGGCUCUGAAUAGAAGCCAAUGGCGAUUCUGCUGUAACCUUCUUUUACUUUCAUCAUGAAACAUGGUUGUAUCUUCCUUAACUGAAAGAAUUCUUCUAGUUGUACCUUUCCGUUUCCCCAAUUA